AUGUCUCCUACGCCUGAAGAAGAGGAAUCCGUUAAUGACAAGCGACCUGGCAGUAAGCCAGAGGAGGAGGAGGAAGAUGCGGCGGCGGUAGUGGACGCCACGCCGAAGCAGGCCGCUAAGAAACGGACCAAGACUGGCUGUCUCAGUGAGUUUGAUCUUGUCUUCGGGUACUACCUGCGGAGCAUUGACACUGAUAUCUUCUCUAAAAAGCAUGCCGUAAAAGACGAUCUUUCCAGGAUAAAAUGCGGCGAAGAAAAGCCAGUGUGCAAGAACUGUAUCAAGUCGAAGCGCGAAUGUGCCGGAUACUCUCAACCUGUUGUGUACAAGGAGCAGAACCAAGGACAGAUUGAUGCAGCCCCCGAGAUUGGCGUUGGGUUACCGUUUCAAAAUCAAGAAGUCACAACUGCACUCAACCAACAUUGGCACCCAGGACAAGAAUACCUGGGAUUGCCACAUGGCUUUGGUCAAACAAAUCCUACGCCUUAUCAUCAAUCACCAUUUAGCGCCAGCUACCAUGCAAUGCCAUUUGCCCCGAUCAACCUCCCUGGUCAUACAAGCGUUCCAAACACAGAGUAUGGGUGGCAAAGUACUCAGCAUCUCCCAAAUCUGCAAUACCAUGGUAUACCCGAGGCCUCGGGAGGAAGUGUACCAGGGUUUAACUCAUCGGACAAUCAGGCUGGAAGUUCGACAGCCUUCUUCCCUGUCGACCCUCGACUGAUGGACAAGUCGCAGGCGUGGGCUUUGGACCCUGCUUUGGCCCAAACUCAGACUUCACAGUCCACAUUCCCCUCCAGCAACCACACUCUCGCAUCACAGCAGCCCGUUCUUGCACAAUUCCAACAGCGACGUGCUCCACUGCCUUACCACUACGGUGUAUCACCUCUCCCUAUAGAGGAACAUGUGGCUAGGCAAUACAGUGUCCAUGGUAGUUCACAUCAGCCGAAGUCUAUAAGUGCCUCAUCCCGUGGUCCAUCUGUGCUGGCCCAACCUACAGUCCACCUGGAUGACGAUGAUUAUGAGGAUCCAGAGGACCCGUUCGAUGUUGACAUGGAAGAUUUGAACCUGUCAUAUCAAGAUGCGGCAAACAAUCUCACAGACAUACUCGGUCGUGCCGGGCAGCUCGAUGCACAAGCUGCGAAAUUGUAUGUUCCAAGAAGGACAGAGUAUCGGACUAUCGCGACAUACCGGCCGACAGUAACACAAUCACCGCUUCGCGACGAGAGAAACGAGCAUAUAUUUUGCCAUUUCGUUGAAAUCACGAGCAACACUAUAUCCAUCUUUGAGCGUCAUCACUACAGUCCCAUUGCAGCGCCUGCUAGAACUCUCUGGAAUUUUACAAUACCAGCCCUGGCCUUGUCGCAUACGGCACUCGCACAUGCAAUUUUGGGGUUGGGAGCCCUUCAUCUUGCGAGAUUGAACAACUCUUCAGAAAACCUUGCGAUCAAGCAUUUUACCUUUGCAGUUCGAAGGGUUGGGAGGCUCUUGGGACUCCCCAAACGGCGGCAUGAAAUAGCGACCCUGGCUACGGUUCUGCUCCUCGGAUACUAUGAGGUGGUUUCUGGCGACCAUUCACGGUGGAACCUUCAUUUGUCAGGGGCUAUGAGGCUACUACAGGAGCAUGAUUAUGCCGGCUUAACACGAACGACGAGACGCAUGCGAAUCGGGGCAAAAGCACGAGUCAAUCAGUGGACGGCUCAAUUCGCAUUGACCGAGGAGAACUAUGCCCGUGUAGCGGGUAUUCCUCUUGCCUUGCUUGACGACACUGACUGGGAGCCUGAUCAGGCACUCAUCUCCCGGCUGACGGGCCUCCGUGUAAACUAUGACCAACAAUUCCAGCCGAAUUUCAGCUCUCGUCCUGCAAUGCCGGAUCUUACGGAGAAAGACGUCGAGGAUUUCAAGGCCAAGAUGGAUCUGAGGUGGUGGUACUGCAAGCAAGAUGUUUUCCAGAGCAUGGUCUCCGGCGACCGGCCACUGAUGCCUUUCGAGGAUUGGAUCCACUGUCCACCUAGAGGUCAAAUUGGCCGGUCGGACAAUCCGUAUGGCACUUUGGAUCAUCUGCUUCUAGUCAUGGCACGCCUAGCUGAUUUCGGCGGCAAAGAUCGUGGGCGCAAACAACGAGCGGUGGCUGCCCAGGGAGGGCAAUGGAGGCCACCAAAAUGGCUGUUUGGACCUCAAGGGCCGCCUGGUCAGUCAGGGAGGAAGGACGGAUCUACUCAUCCUAGGCAAGCUGCAGAAUCGCCUUCUGAAAAGGGUUCCGCAACCGCCAAGUCAGCAGCUGCUCAGGCGGGAGCAAGGCCUUCACCAGCCCCUAGCGCCAAUGAAGGCAGAGUCAGGCAGAGUAAACCCGGCUUACAGUCUGGUCCAGGCCCAGGCCCGGGUGUCGGUCCCCCUAUGCUUGGGAUGCUACCGCCUCCAUCCGAGCCUCUGCAGCUGGACUCAGCUUUUCGAUCCAUGGACGCCAAUAUUAAGGACUCAGCUUUCGUGUUCACACGUGAGCGGAAGGAGACCACACCGCCCAGCGACCUUGAGGACGACACUGCCAAAGCAUUGGCAGAAUAUAAUGAGAUCAGCAAAGCCUUCGACACAUUCGCAGAAUCCCUGGGUCCGGAAUUCGAACCUCUGAAGCAAAACGGACCCCCAAUCGCUACACCUUUUGGACCGGCGCUGAUAUACAAGAAUGGCGCCGUUGCGUGUAUAUGGGCAUGUUACUAUGUCGGACGCAUCUCGUUGCAAAGACUUCAUCCCGAGAUGCCGCCAGCAGCGAUGAUUGCUGCUGGUGCCACCGCACAUCUUACUCGGGAGUAUGCGCAGAUGGUGGGCAAGAUCUGCGCAGGGCUAUACUCAAGACAGCUAUAUGGCCAGAGUGGCGCCCUUGAUCCCAAUUUCGCAGGCUAUCUCAUGGAGAGUACAUUCUUCCUGCUGUUUGCAGCAGUCCAGUAUACAGACGCCGCACAGCGAGGCUGGACGAUAAGCAAGCUCAAAGACGUCGAACGCAGAUGUGGAUGGCGUACGUCAGGCGCCAUUGCUGGCGCUUGCGAGACUGCUUGGGAACGGAUGGGCCAAGCAGGAAGAGGUCCUCCAUACGAGCGAACUCUUGAUCCCCACAGCGAGGACAUCCGCAUGAGCAGAACAUCAGCAAAGUCAUCUCCAUCAAGUGGAGAGGCGUCGGAUGCUGCCGCCGAACAACAUGAGUCUGAAUUUGUGACCCACGAUCGCAGCCUUAUUGAUCGGUCCAGCUCUACUCGUGUGCAUUGGGCGCUGGGCUUGCUUUCCGUGGAAGAGGACAUCGAAAGGAUGGCCCUGGAGGACAAGUAG